ACUCAUGCCCAGACUUUUCAAGCUGCUACGAUUAGCAAGUACUUAUGAAAAAUACAAAACUACAAAAGUAGAAAUGUCGCCUUCUCUUUCAUGCAGAACGAUGCAACUAGAUCCGCACUGAAUGCAUGGAAACCCUUGCAAACUGUCGCUCUAAAACUAUGCAGAUUUACAGAUGAAAGAUCAGCUCGCGAAUUCAAUCAUGUCAUGUGAGUAGGAAGUAAAAAUAUUGCAUCUUUCGAAUUUAGCAAUGCUUGCGCAGUUAGUUCCAAACCCAUAUAGUUCUGGCUCGCACAGGGCAUGAUGGCACUCACUGAUCAACUCCGAGGCAGACCAAGAUCGAAGCUAGCGGCUCUAGCCUGAGUUCAUUUGAUCACCUGCCUCACAGUGAAAUGAUCGGCGUGCUUCAAUUAUUUCAAGUUCAAUCUCAAGCAGGAGCACUUUGUUGAAGGAUAGGCAUCACCUCCACACGAGUCCCAAUCUAAUCAUGGAGACUACUGUAGUCGACAGUCGCGCUUCUAGUCAGCUUCUCAAGUAUGGCGCAUGAGUAGGCUUACUACAACAACUAUAAAAAAUCUAGCGGCGUUCUUACUUUUCAUUUUAGUUUUUGUACUGCUGAAAAGUGCAGCUUUCUGCACUAAGUUCAAGAAUAUCCAGAAAAAACGAAGUAUGACAUUUCUACCACAAGUUUGACACUGGUGAAAAGUUCUUGCUCCUGAUCUGUUUCCAUUUUUUAAUGAGGUAUGGCUUUUUCUGAAUCUAAGACAGACUCCAUGUAGACGCGAGAAACAUUUUUGGCGACCUUCUAUGAGCGAGUCUGUUUCUUAAGCGCGUCGCGCUGUCUGG